ACACGUCGCGCUUUGGUUGUUAUUUUUUUGUUUUCUUUGGUGGUUUUGUUUUUUUGUUUCCACUAUGCCUGAGCCAGCGAAAUCAGCUCCAGCUCCUAAAAAGGGUUCCAAGAAGGCUGUAACUAAGGCCCAAAAGAAGGAUGGCAAAAAGCGCAAGCGCAGCCGCAAGGAGAGUUACUCCGUGUACGUGUACAAGGUCCUGAAGCAGGUCCACCCAGACACUGGCAUCUCCUCCAAGGCCAUGGGCAUCAUGAACUCGUUCGUCAACGACAUCUUCGAGCGCAUUGCGGGCGAGGCUUCUCGCCUGGCGCAUUAUAACAAGCGCUCGACCAUCACCUCCAGGGAGAUCCAGACGGCCGUGCGCCUGCUGCUGCCCGGAGAGCUGGCCAAGCACGCUGUUUCCGAGGGUACUAAGGCCGUUACCAAGUACACCAGCGCCAAGUAAACUUCCCAACACAGGAAGGGACUUCCUCUGGAAUUUCCUGAUCUGACCAAGAAAGCGUCUUAC